AUGCUUCCAAGUGUAUACCACACCACCCCAGAUCACACAUCUAGUCCAAUUGGCUACAACAUCAACCACUUGGCGUCAUCGUAUUCUAUAUCUCCCCAAACAACUCAUCUUCCGUCGAUGGUGUACAGUUUGAACCAAGAAGGAAGUCAACUGACCACUAAGCUACCAUCUAUCCAUCAAUUGACAAAUCGAACCAUUAUGUCACCCAAGGAAAAUCAACUUCAAGUGCCACAGCAGUUACCCAUGCCUUCCCACGUGGUAUCUACACCAUCGGCUCCAUCACAAUCUACCUUUGCUCACCAUGACAGCUUCUCCACCCCUCCACAAUCACGCUUUCCAAUUGUCCUGUUGCAUGCACAACAAUUGCAGCAACUACGCCUGCCUGUAACUAGACAAUACGUGUUUGCGCAAAACUCACCAAUCUCGCCAGUUUCGCCUAUCCUUUCACCAUACGCUGUCAGACAUCCAGUAGAAGAGGGAAGUUACAACAGUCCAAACUACCCUGCUUCACUCAUGAGUCCUCCAUCUAUGCCUACUGGUACUAUAGGUAAUACUUUGGCAUCGCCUUAUAAUCAACACAUGCAGCCAAUUGAAGUGCGCCACCGGGUCAACAGAAACGACGCAUCACAGGCCACUCUCGCGACAUCACAGACUCCCCUCGAAACCAAAACCACUCCGUCAAAAGUGAAAAAACUUGGUAAACUGGACAAAAGAAAAAGAAGAAAGUCUGCUUCUAAUGGAUCAAUUAAAGUUGGCAAACUGCAUACCAAAACAGGAUCUCUGAUCUAUAAUAGAAAACCAAGGCAAACACUUGUCUUUAACGAAAAGGCAAUACACUACCCUGUUCACAAGGAUUUUUCUAGUCUAACAACUGCGAACAAAAUUCCAUCUGCAAAUGUGCAACAACUAAAUACAACCAUAUAUCCAAAUAUUGAUACCAAAAAGUAUGCCACGUCUGCUUUGGAUCCACAACGAAAUUUUCUUACUGUAUUUGAAUACAUGAUCAAUGAUCACUGGGUGAUCUGGGAUUACGAGACGGGAUAUGUCCAUUUGACGGGAAUUUGGAAAGCAUCAUUGUGUGCUAAUGGCGCGGCUCCACCAAGUGCUUCUCACAUGAAGGCUGAUAUUGUAAAGUUGCUUGAAUCUACACCAAAACAGUACCAAGCUUAUAUCAAACGCAUAAGAGGUGGGUUUUUGAAAAUUCAAGGAACUUGGUUGCCUUUCCGAUUGUGCAAGGUUUUAGCUAAAAGAUUUUGUUAUCACAUUAGGUUUGCUUUAAUUCCAAUCUUUGGUGUUGAUUUCCCAGAGUCGUGUUUGCAACCUAAUGACACAGGCUAUGGCGAAUUGAGGUUGGAUGAUUUGAAGAAUUGCAAGGUAGAUUUAGCAGAAUCCAUUUCUAAUUAUAGUGAGGAGAACCCCAAGGAGGAGGAGGAACACGUCAAGGUGUCCACCAACGCUCAACAACCGCGCGAUUCAAGAAGCUCAUCACCAGUAAUGGUGGAACUAAUGAAUCAACAAAAUCCAAUCAAGUUGGAGCAAUCGGCAAGUUUGGUGUCACCCGUGAGCAUAAACAAUUCAAAGUUUGUCAAUGUGGAACAGCUUCCGCCUGUGGGAACUUUUUCGCCGACAAGUGCAGGUCCGUUACUCGACGAGUGCUCUCCACAACAAACAGAGUCAUACAAUUACAAACACCAAACUCCUUCCACUUCUACAGCUGUUUGGCACAAUCUUGGUCAGAAUCAAUCUACCUCUACCAGCAGUGAAUCAUUGAGCUCCAUUUUCACGGAAAAAUCAACUGUCCCACCAACUGCCCGAAGCAAGUGCCAAUCAUAUACUGACUUGCCUGAAAUUGUUAACGCGUCAAAGUGUCUUCAAUCGUUGAGUCAAAAACGUGCCAAUGGGAUUAACAAACAAUUACCGCCAAUAGACCGACUUAAAAGUUCAAACGGUCGUUCUGCAUGGGAAGACGAGACAGAUGAUGAGGGCCCCGUCGAGAAGGUGGAAAGGAAUCAGAAAAUGGAAGAUGGUAUUUCUUCAAUUUUGUUAGCCGCGGAGUUAAACAAAUCAUUUGCAUACAAUAACAAACCAAGAUCAGGUUUGAGCAUCAAAGACUUGACAACAUAA